AUGGUAGAAAACGAUGGAAACGACAAGAAAAUGGAAGGAUCUAAUCCUAAGAAGCUCAAACUUGUAACCUUCACCGGAGCGGCUGGGCUUUUGGGACUCGCCGCUAGUUUCGCCAUCUUCGCUUUCAAGUCUCACAAGGAAAAAUCCAAGAAGAAAGGUCUUCCUGGGUGUGAUUCUGUUUGUGUUAACCUAUCAGCAAGGGAGAUUCUCGAGCUAGCUGACGAAAUCAUUUCCAAGUCCACGAGAGUUCAUGAUGCUGUUGCCUUGCUUCCUCUAAAUAAGCUCUCUUAUGAGAAUGUUGUAAUGCCGCUGGCAGAAAUGGAAGCAAGACAACUUCCUCUUAUACAAUGCUGUGUGAUUCCUAAGAUGUUAUCUCCUCAGGAUAAUGUUCGUAAAGCCAGUGCUGAAGCAGAGCAGAGAAUAGACGCUCAUAUUCUGUCCUGCAGAAAACGUGAAGAUGUUUACCGAGUUAUCAAAACUUAUGCUGCAAAGGGAGAAUCAAUUGCCCCGGAAGCUAAAUCCUACCUACAGUGUCUGGUUAGAGACUUCGAGCACAAUGGUCUGAACCUUACUACAAUAAAAAGAAAAGAAGUGGAGAGAUUGAGAAACGAAAUUGAUGAGCUAAGCUCGCGAUAUGUUCAGAAUUUAAAUGAAGAUAGUUCUUGUCUCUUUUUCACUGAGCUUGAGCUGGCUGGUUUGCCUCUAGAAUUUCUUCAGAGUUUGGAUAAAACUCAAAAUAAGGAAUUUAAGCUCACCUUGGAAAGUAGUCACGUGGCAGCUAUUCUAGAGUUGUGCAAGGUAGCCAAGACAAGGAAGACAGUGGCUACGGCAUAUGGAAAGAGAUGCGGAGAUGCCAAUAUUCCCAUGUUACAAAAAUUGGUUCAAUCGCGCCAUAGAUUAGCUCGCUUACUUGGUUAUGCACACUUCGCAGAUUAUGCUCUUGAUUGUAGGAUGUCAAAGACAUCAACGAGGGUGAUCAGUUUCCUGGAGGACAUCUCUUCCAGUUUAACGGGUUUGGCUGAUAGAGAGUUUUCCAUUUUGAAAGAUUUGAAGAGGAAAGAAGAAGGGGAGCUUCCGUUUGGUGUAGAAGAUCUUUUAUAUUAUAUAAAGCGGGUAGAGGAGUUGCAGUUUGAUCUUGAUUUUGGAGAUAUUCGACAAUAUUUUCCUAUCAGUUUGGUCCUUCCGGGGAUCUUUAAAAUUUGCCAGGAUCUUUUUGGAAUAAAAAUUGAGGAGGCUGCAGAUACUGAUGUCUGGUAUUAUGACGUUCGAGCUUUUGCCGUCUUUGACUCUGGGUCUGGGAAGCUUUUGGGUUAUUUCUAUCUUGACAUGUUUACAAGGGAAGGGAAAUUUAGUCACAGCUGUGUGGUGGCUCUUCAGAACAAUGCACUGUUCUCUAAUGGUUCAUGUCAGAUUCCUGUGGCGUUGCUUAUUGCACAGUUUGCAAAGGAUGGUGGUGGUGAAGCUCUGCCAUUGGGAUUCUCUGAGGUGGUUAAUCUUUUUCAUGAGUUUGGCCAUGUGGUCCAACAUAUCUGCAAUCGUGCUUCAUUUGCUAGAUUCUCAGGCCUACGUGUUGUCCCUGACUUUCGGGAGAUCCCUUCUCAAUUACUGGAAAACUGGCAAAGGGAAUAUGAUUCUGGUAUUUCCAGGUGUUACGAGAGUUUCACCUUGAAGUUAAUAUCAGGCUAUCGUCAGGAUAUCACCAAGCCACUUGUAGAUGAAGUCUGCAAAACACUCAAACGUUGGCGUUAUUCUUUCUCUGCACUCAAGUCGCUUCAAGAGAUUCUAUACUGUCUAUUCGAUCAAUAUAUAUAUUCGGACGAUAAUGUGGACUUUCACCAGCUAAUCAGGAGUCUUCAUCCAAAGGUAAUGUUAGGUCUACCAGUGGUCGAAGGAACAAACCCUGCUUCAUGUUUCCCACGUGCUGUAAUUGGCUCAGAAGCAACGUGUUACAGCCGUUUAUGGAGUGAGGUGUUUGCUGCUGAUAUCUACGCUUCAAAAUUUGGUGAUGGGCAUCCGAAUCUGUAUGCGGGCAUGCAGUUCAGAGACAAAGUGUUGGCACCUGGAGGAGGCAAAGAUGCCAUGGAACUUCUCACCAGUUUUCUUGGGAGAGAACCAUCAACAGAAGCUUUCAUCGAUAGCCUGACAAAAUAUACCUUGUGA